CCACUGCUAGUCUGGUAGGACUACAUUUCCCAGCAGCCCUUCCCCUUUACUUCAUCCCCUGGAGCGUUGUUAUCUGGGAGUCGUAGUUUUUUCUCCAGUGCUUUGAAAAGAGCCAGUGGAAUGCUACAUCUCCCAUUUGACUGAGAGGAAGAGGGAAGGGUUUGGGGAGCCUCGGGGCUUCUGGGAAAGAAGGCUUUAUUAUUAUUUUCCCCGGAUGGGGAAGCGCUAUUUCUGCGACUAUUGUGACCGCUCCUUCCAGGACAACCUCCACAACCGGAAGAAACACCUGAACGGGGUCCAGCACCUCCGAGCCAAGAAGGUCUGGUACGAUCUCUUUCGAGAUGCUGCCGCCAUCUUACAGGAGGAACAGAGCAAGAAGCCGUGCCGGAAAUUCCUCCAAACGGGCCAGUGUGAUUUUGGGUCCAAUUGCCGCUUUUCGCACAUGACCGAAGUGGACUUGGAAAAUCUGAAUGCACAAGUUCAAGACGAGAGGCGAUCCCGGGAGCACCAGCAGGAGAAGACAGCAAGGCCGCCCGGCACCAUCGAGGACUGGCUGGAGAAACGGGCGAAGCGGCUCCGGGCCGCUGAGCCAGACAGUUCCCUCUCUGAGGAAGAGUUGGUUUUCCAGUAUCCACCAGGCUGGCCCCCAGUUCAGGACCUCCCACCUUCUCUGAGGGCCCCUCCACCAGGCGGGUGGAUGGUCCCCCAAAAUCUCCAGUGGGGAUGAUUACACCCGAAUUAUAAAAUAUUGAAACCAGAUGAUCCGGACAAGAUUAUGAGACUUUCGGUUAUAUCUGGACAGUGAAGUGUCCAACCUUUGGGACUCCCAUUUCCCAUUUAAAUCUUCCACCAACAUAGCCAUUUAUAAAGUAUUGUGGGAUCUGGAGUUCUUUAUACACCAGGCAGGAAAGACAUUUCCAUUUUCUGUCUUGCCCAGAUUAUUAUGGCGGAAUUAUAGGAUGCUGUUUCAUACCUUUGUUCUUAUUGUUUUCCUCUCUCUUUAUUAUUAUUAUUAUUAAGCUUUAUUUAUAUAGCGCUGUAAAUUUACACAGCACUGUACAUAAAAUCAUUUAAUUAGACGGUU